CUCGUGGGUUAUCGGUGUUUAGAGGUUCCUUACUCUUUUUUUCCGGCUACAGUUGUGGAAUAAUUGCGAGUUUUCUCCGUUCAUUUGAAUGAAAUGUCGGAGCCAGGGGACAGAGUCAAAUCUGAGCUACGGAGGAGAAGAGAGGACGGAGACAUGGAGAACGGUGUCGGAGGGAAAAGGAACAAAAGAGAACCGAGCCGGUUGGAGUCUUGUUUGGAUCAGCCCAUGGAUUCUGACAGUAUCCAUGAAGCUGUGACAUACGGGGACUCAAAGCUGCCAGUCCAACAUUAUGACCCUGACACCACUGAACCAGUCAUCUGUGGUCUCCAGACUCUGGAGGAACUGUUGUCAUGGAAACGGAGUGAUGCCAACCCCUUCAAUGUUGCGUCAGUCCCCCUGGCUCCGCGGGAACCCUCUCUGGCCAGUACUCCACGCAAAACUUUGGUGUCUCAUGACAUGAUGGGCGGGUACCUGGAUGACAGGUUCCUCCAGGGCUCAGACUCAGAGGCACCGUAUGUCUUCUACCACUGGAACUGCAUUGAUAUAUUCAAUUACUUCUCACACAUCUUGGUGACUAUUCCACCUGCAGGAUGGACCAAUGCUGCACACAAACAUGGAGUCGCUGUUAUAGGGACGUUCAUCACAGAGUGGACUGCUGGAGGUCUGAUGUGUGAGGACUUCCUGAAAGGGGAGGAGUCAUACCGAGCAGUGGCUGACAAGUUAGUCCAGAUCAGCCACUGUUAUGGGUUCGACGGCUGGCUCAUUAACAUCGAAAACACCCUCACUGAGGUUGCUGUGAAGAACAUGCCAUUGUUCCUGCGCUAUCUGACAGACCAGAUGCACGAGCGAGUGUCUGGCAGCCUGGUUCUGUGGUACGACAGCGUGGUUGACAAUGGACAACUGAGAUGGCAGAAUGAACUCAACCAGUCCAACAGGAUUUUCUUUGAAGCUUGUGAUGGUUUGUUCACAAACUACAACUGGAAAGAGACAAGUCUGGAGUUCAUGAGUGACUACAGCGCCGCCCAGGGUCGUCAGGCUGAUAUCUACGUCGGCGUGGACGUGUUUGCACGAGGUGAUGUGGUGGCAGGAAAGUUUGAAACGAAUAAGGCCCUGGAAAUAAUUCGAAAGCACAACUUCUCUACAGCCAUCUUUGCUCCGGGCUGGGUGUAUGAGACUCAGGACAAGACGGAAUUCCGCCACAAUCAGGACAGGUUCUGGGCUCUUCUGUCGGACCACCUGUACAUCCAUCGGCCAGUGUCUCCUCUCCCAUUCAUCUCCUCCUUCUGCCAGGGCUUUGGGAAGGCUGUCUACUGGAGGGGACAGCGGGAGAGGAAGGGGAACUGGUUCAACCUGAGUGCACAGCACAUCCAGCCGUUGUACCACACCAGUGUGGAGAACCGAGGGUGGAUGAGGAGCCGAGGCUGCCCAGAGGAUGCCUGGGAUGGGGGCUGCUCAUUGCUGAUGGAGGGCCUCAUCCCCCAAAAUCAAACUGCUCCUGUUUGUGCCAAGAUGUUCUCCCUCCAUGUCCCCCUGCCGUCCACCAGUCUACUGGUCCUCAUCUAUAAGGCCUCUGCUGGGAUCCGUGUAUCUCUGCAGCUGAAGACCACAGAUGCCAGUCAGACACACACUGAUGUCCACCAUGUCAAACCUCUGGACGAAGGCCACCAGCUGGUCCGACAGUUCUCUGAGCUCUGUGGCGACUUGGAUCCAUAUGGGUGGACUGUGAGGUGCUCUCGGUUGGAGGAGGGUGGAUGUAUCCUUAGAGAGGUGGGUGUCAGCAUCCAGAGGGACGGAGAACCUCAGGACACAGCAUUCAGCUGCAGAAUCGGUGAAAUCAUGGUUCUGGAUGCGGCCCAUCUGCAGACUCCCCCCCAGCUGCUCCAGGGGUUGUGUAUUUAUGAUGUGGUGUGGUUGCGAGGUGCCGGACCCUCAGCCGAGUCCAGCUCCCCCUGCCUGCACCUCAAUGCCACCCUGCGCUGGGAUUACCCAUCAGAGCUCGUACGUCACUUCAGGGUGUACUGGCGUCGACAGGGGCCCGAUCCCAGAACCCCCCCAGGUCAACUGGUGUUGGUGGCCCGGGCAUAUUCCAACCCCUUCAGGGUGACGGAGUUGGCUGUUCCAGAUCCACCAGGUCUGCUGGAGCUGGUGGUGGAGCCGGUGCUGACCAAAGGCUUCCUGAUCCCGGAGAAUCACUGGGGAAGAAGAAGCCUGAGCUACUCAGAGGAGCAGCUUGGACACAAAUAGAGAACUUUACAAUAAUGGAACCAUGGCAGCCCCUCUGGGCAGGCCUGUCAGAAAAAUCAUGGCAGAUAUUAUACAAGUCUGCAUGAAUUCCAUGGUUUACAUUGUUGAACCCAAUUAGCCAACUCAGCUGUGUGUGUUUUUCAGACACUGACAGGAACUACUCAAUUCCUAAUGUUGUUAAAACCUAUAAAUGUACUGGAUAGAAGUGUAAAACAUUUAUAGAUCUGAUGUAACUCAGUUGUUGGCUUCAAAGUUUUGCUGAAAACAGAUCUGAGUCAAACAAGUUUCAGAACAAACUGAUACUGAAGUGUUUACGGUGACUGAACUGUCACUGGCUGCAGUUAACAUCAACCAUUGUUUUGAAUGAGUGUAAAUACAUAUUUGACAAACCUAUAAAACUGAUUAGAUUAUAAAGUUAAUUAGAAGUUACUUUUAUAGAACUUCAUUACAGUACAAAUUGCAGACAGUAUUUGGACGGAUACUGCUGUUAAGUGUCACUUUUAGACAAGUGUUAAAUUGACUUGAAACCUGGAUCUCAAAUGAUGUUGAUCAGUGCUGUGUUAAAUCUAAUGUCAUAUUUGCACCAGCAAACACAUAUGCAGUAUUCUUCUAUGGAAUGCUGAACACUUUCUGUAGGUUUAGCAGUGUGCUGCUUAAGAACAUGGUAAAUAUUACCAAUACAAGAGUCAAUAAAUUCUGAAUUUAAAACCAAAUUUGCAUUUAUAUAGUAAUGCAAUAAUCAUAUUUCUUAUUUCAUAUCAUGCAUAGAUGCAUAUUAUAUUAGCUUACCAAAAUAAUACAGUACUGCACGCAAUGAUUGAAGGAACAUGAAAUAUUUUUGCAAAGAUCAUUUUGAUCAUAUAUGAUAUAUUCAUAAUAUACUGUACAUCAGUCUGUUGCUGAUUUUAAAAUUAUGGAAGAAAAGGGUUUGACUGAAUAAUACAUAUCACAUACAUUUCAGUUUGAUAAGCUGUAUUUCCAGACAGAAAAAAAUCUUCUGCACAGUAGUUGAGAGUAAGAUCAUAGUAUGAAAUAGAUCGGAUUUGUGUGUUCAGUGAAUUAAAAAUAAAUUUCAUUUAUGCUGUACUGACAUAUGUUAUGUGGUUUAUUUCAUUGUAACUUCAGUGACAGUCAUGUAAAGCUUUUUUAUUAUACUUUAUCCUCUCUUUCAUGUUCUUUAAUCUCUUUGUGUUGAUGUGAGGAAACCUUAUCUCUGCA